AAAUUGGUUGAGUUUGAGGUUAAUUUCCAGUAUAUAAUCGCAUUAACCAGUAUAGGAUCAGGAAUCGGAAACCCUAAAUAAAAUUUAAAUCCUAGGCUAAAGAAAUCAAAGUGUAAUUGAAACGAUAUAUCUAAAUCAGAUCCCAAAUCAUCUUUUGCAAGCAGAUCAGUUAAUGGACAAAAACUCAUGUCUUGGUCACUCUGCAGUUAACCAGUUUCUUGUUACACAUCUCUCUUAUACAUCCACCAUUAAUAUCUCUAUAGAUUUUCUUGUCUCGGUAUGAGAAUUGUACGCUUACUCUCUCUCUCCCUCUAUCUUUUUUUCUUUCUCUUUCCUCUUUUUAGCUGAUUCUCUCUUUUGAUGGUGUGAAAGUUGUUUCUGAAAGAAAACUAAAAUUAUUGAUUCUUGAUUCUUGUUUUAGAUUUGUGAAGCUGCUUAAGCUCGGUGAUGUCUUCUUCCAACAAUGAUUACAAUAAUGGUAACAAUGGAGUGUACCCUUUUUCUCUUUACCUUUCUCCACUAGCUGGCCAUCAAGACAUCAUCCGUAAUCCCUAUAAUCAUCAGCCAACACCAUCUCCAGGCCAAAUGGUAUCAGCAGUGCCUGAGUCUCUGAUCAACUACAUGUCGUUUAGCUCAAACCGUGCUGUGAAUCAGCAAGGGUUCGAGAUUCCUGAGGUGUCUAGAGAAAUCAAGAAGGUAGUGAAGAAAGAUAGGCAUAGCAAGAUUCAGACGGGACAAGGUCUUAGAGACAGGAGGGUAAGGCUUUCUAUUGGUAUUGCUCGCCAAUUCUUCGAUCUCCAGGAUAUGUUGGGGUUUGAUAAAGCCAGUAAAACAUUAGACUGGCUACUCAAGAAAUCAAGAAGGGCCAUCAAAGAGCUUGUCCAAGAAAAAAAGGUCAACACUGAUGAAGAUUUUGCAAACAUAGGAGGUGAAGUUGAAGAGGAAGAGGAUGAUGGAGAUAAGAGCUUUGUGUAUGGUUCAAGCCCUGAUUCUUUAGAAGAAGAAAUGGUAUGUGAGGUCAAGAAGGCACAGAAGAGAAAGAAGAAGAUUGAAUUGAGAAACAUAUCCUCAAAGGGAUCAAGAGCCAAAGCUAGAAGAAAGGCAAAGGAGAUAACAAGAGAAAUGACCUAUGAUCAUCCAGAAACCAUCUCCGAGAUCACACAAACUGAAACCAUGGACCCGCUCAAGAGGUCUACUAUCUUCAAUGAAGGAGAAGACAUGACACAUUCACUCUACAAGGAAGCAACCCAAGAGUUUGAUAGUCAAGAAUGUACCUUAAGCAAGGCCAAGGUCAAUCUUCCCACCAAUAUGGAUCAAAGUUACAACCAGCAUUAUGGGACGUUUAUGUUGAAAGAUCAGGGUUCUAGCAGCAAUUACAAUAAUAUUCUGCCUCAAAACUUGGAUUUUUAUUAUGAUCAAAACCCUUUUAUUGAUCAACCCUUUUGUGCAGUCACCAAGACGAAUUUCCCCAGGGGGUUUCCAUAAAUCUUGUUAUUUUCGGAGCAGUAAGCAUCAAAUUUAAACAUGUAAGGCAAAAUAAUCGUGUGUUCCUCUUGUAUAUAUAUUAUAUAUUAAAUCUUUAGUUAUCUGUGUUCUGGAGACAUGUUAUUUGAUUUAUGUGAGAUUGAUCAAGAUUUCCUUUUUAAGAUUCAGUUUGUCAACCUUCA